AUGGAAAUCCAAACCGAGCCUUUAGACCUAUCAACAAAAUCCUCCCCAAACAAAUACCUCAACAUUAUCGACUUGAAAUUCCUGGCUGGCCUGAACAACCACUUGGUGAAGCUUUACGAGAGAACCAACUUGUCGUGUAAAAAGGAGGGGUUGUGUUUACCGCAGCGGAUGAAGAACGUGCUGCCGUGCCAGGUCUGCUUGAAGACCUUCGACAGACCUUCGUUGUUGAAGAGGCAUAUGAGGACACAUACCGGAGAGAAGCCGCACAUCUGCAGCGUGUGCAGCAAAGGCUUCAGCACGUCCAGCUCGCUGAACACCCACAGGAGGAUACACACAGGUGAAAAGCCUCACAAAUGUCCUGAAUGCGGCAAAUGUUUCACCGCAAGCUCCAACCUCUACUACCAUCGAAUGACGCACACCAAGAACAAGCCGCACAAGUGCAGCUGGUGCCCGCGCUCGUUCCCGACGCCCGGCGAGCUGCGCGCGCACCUCGCGUCUCACCCCCCCUCCCCCUCCCCGUGCCCCUCCCACUCCGCCGCCCUGUGGCCCGCGGGGGGGAGGGCAGUGCGGGGGAUAUUCUCCACUACUUAGGUGCUCUACUAUGAAUACUAGAAGAAAUAACAAAAUAAUAAACUCAAAUACAUUCUGAUACCAGUGUUAGCAAUAACACACUCGAGAAG